CGUCAGAUCCUGAACUUGAGCGCCAUUUUUUUUUUCCUCAACAGGGGGAAGAAAGGGAACAAAAGCUACACCAAAAAUAACUUGUCUUCGGAUUUCGUGGGCCGAAAUCACGGUUCACGUUUAACUUCGGACCUCGUGGCGCGCGGCAUGCGCGGGGAGGUUAUGCUGCGCCGGUGAGCGGCGGCGUGCAGCGGCCGGGAGCAGACGCAGUUCACCGACGCACACACACGCACACACACACAGACACAGCUGCGGGCCGGUGGAAGUGGAGCACCGUGGCUACGCCAGAGGAGGCACAGCGACGACUAACGUUAAUCCGCGCCGAAAAUAUCAACGAGGUUUGUGGUGAAUCAUGUAUCAGUUUCCUGUAGGAAGUGUAGAAAAGAUUCGAAAGGCCCGUAAAGCAGUGAAAAACAUCCUGAGUGAGAUCGGCCUCGAAGACUGUCAGAACUGGCUCAAGGAGCUGGAUGAAAACCCAGAAGAGAAAGACUCCGAUCCGGAGGAAGCCUUUAAGGAAACAGAAUGGAUCGAUAUCACAGAGGGAUUCAGCAUCCGGCAGCAAAAGAAGUGGCCUUAUCGGACUCGACCUCUGUGCUGCACCCUCUGCAAGUACUCGUCGCAAAACAUCUACAACUUCAGAAGCCACGUCUCCCGCUGCCACGCGUACGUCCAGUCGUACUGCGCGCUGACGCCCUGCUCUCAGUGCGUCUUCAUCUCGCACCCCAAGAUCGUCAAGAAGCACAUGCUCUUCUUCCACGCCAAACUGCCCGUCCCCAACAUACAGGGGCAGAAGGAAACCGCCUUCACCCACCGCUCCGCCGAGAGGUUCCAGUGUCGACGGUGCGGGUUCCCGAGCUCCUCCAUCUUCGCCAUGAAGAAGCACAUCAUCCUCAAGCACCUGGAACACUUGGCAGAGCAGUACAUCGGGUACAGGCUGCACCAGCAGACCAACUCGGCCGUGAAGAUCUACUGCUGCAAGGUGUGCAAGGUGAACACGGGAACUCUAGACCAGAUGCUGCACCACAUGCUGGUCGAACCGGCACACCACUCGGUCAACACGCAGGUGCAGACCCUCAUCACGGAGAACAAGAACUAUGCCAUCAAACCGCCCGCUAAUGGAAACGGACUGCUGGUCACGUUCCCCAACAUCGCUCCCAAACCACAAGCGGCCCAGAUAUUCUCCAGCAGCUCCCUGGUGCUGCCGAGCAACGGCCAGCCCGCCGGGACGGUCGUGGCCGUGCAGCAGCUGCAGGGAAACACGAACAGUGCCACGCUGAUCUGCGCCCCCGGGACCAACCAAACGUUUCUGCCACCGCAGGCCUCGGCGCUGGUGCAGCUCGCCAGCGCCGAGGCCAAGGGUUUGCUCCAGCCCGGCGCCACCAUAGCGCUCCGCAGCGCUCUGCCCCAGGGCUCGUCCGUGGUCCAGCUUCCCACGGUGUCCAACGUGUCUCUGAAGCAGACGCCCGCGUCCUUACCCUCGACCGUAGCUCAGCCUCAGCAGGCUCUGCAGGGGCAGCAGAUGGUUCUUCCACCAGCACCUCAGCCCAGCCAGGCUCCCGGAGCUGCUCCUAAGCCCGCCGUGGCUGUGCAAAACGCCCCGAUAAACCACACGCCCCUCCAAGGCACCAUGAUGACUUCGCAGUCCCUGCUGAGUCACCUGAUCCCGACCGGGAACAGGAUGAACGGCAUGCCCACGUACACGUUCGCGCCCCUCGUCCCUCCGAGAACGUCCUCCCCCCUCAAGCCCGUCGAGCAGCUCAGCAACGCCGCGCCACAGACCAAGCGGUGGAUCACCUGCCCGCUCUGCAACGAGCUCUUCCCCUCGAACGUCUUCGACAUGCACACGGAGGCCGCCCACCAGACCAAAUCCUCCUCUUCCAGGUCGGAGAGCGUUGCCGCCCGCGCGUCGUUCCUGAGGAAGAUGCCCGACAAGACCGUCAAAUGUCUGACGUGCAAAAUGCUGCUGACGGAGAAGACCGUCUUCCAGCACCUGCUGCACGGCUUGAAUUGUUUGUACUGCACGGCUCUGUUCUUCUCGGUCAAACAGCUGGUGGAGCACGUGAAGCUGCACAAUCCGGCGAGCAAGGUGUUCUGCGACUUCCUCCGGCAGAAGUACCGGAUCUACUCCAAGGGCAACGGCGGCAUCCUCUUCCCGCACUUUGACGUGUCCACCACCGCCCCGAAGGAGGUCCUGGGGGAGGGGGAGGUCAACAUCGCCCUCGUCACCAACUCUCUCGACCUGAUUUACUUCAAGCUGCAGAGCGGCAGCCAGCAGGACGUCUGCCUCGCUCCCAUGAAGCUCCACAGCGCCUACUGUCCCUUCUGCAGCGAGAGGUUUCACAAUCAGGCCGACCAGGUCCUGCAUUUGAAACAGAAGCACUUUGUGGCGCCCACCAUUCACGCCAUCUUGAAGACGGAGGCCUUCAAGUGCAUAUACUGCAAUGGCGUGUACACGGGGAAGGUCACCCAGCAGGCUGUGAUGCUCCACAUCCAGCGGUGCCGCUAUUCUCCGAAGCCGCCGCCACCACCGCCGCCUCCUCCUCCGCCUCCGCCUCCUAAACCCACGGCUCCCACUGCUGUGCUGCAGCACCAGCCACUAAGACCGCCCCAGCAGGUGGGGCAGCAGUCUGGACUCUACUUCCUCCAAAUGCCGCAGGGGAUGACGAUGACGCGGGCCUUAACGCCAGCUCGCCUCAUCCGAGCUCCGGCCCCUCCCCCAGUGGAGCCCCCAGAAACCGAGGCGGAGCGGCAGCUGAAGAGGAAGCUGGAGGCGGCGCUGAAGGAGGCCAUGGAGGCCAACCGGCGCGAGCGGGAGGAGAGGGCCGCCCUGCGCAAGAAGAGGGAGCAGGAGAGGCGGGAGCGGGAGAAGGAGCAGCGGGAGAAGGAGCUGCAGGUGAAGAAGGCGGCGCCGCCGCCGGAACCGGAGACCCAGAGCGACCCGUCGGUGAAGCUCGCGCUGGAGCCGACGCCCGCGGAGCGGCGCUGCUGCGACGAGCGCCGGGAGUUCAUCUCCAAGUACUUCAACGCCAACCCGUACGUGACCAAGCCGGAGACGGAGGAGCUGUGCAGGAGGCUGUCCAUAUCCAAGUCGGAGCUGGCCGGCCAUUUCAGCAAGAAGCGCAGCAAGUGCAUGAAAAGCCUGAAGAGGAGCUCGGCCGCCAUCCUGCUGGGCUUCAACAUGGCCGAGCUGAGCAGAGUGAAGCACAACCUGGUGAUCCCGGAGCCGGAGCCGCCGGCCGACGCCGUGGAGUCGGACGAAGAGGAGGAGUCGCAAACGACGACAACCGCGCGGGUGGAGGAGGAUCUAGAACCGAUGGAUGUAAACGAGGCAGAGCAGGACGAGCCGAUGGAAUGAAACGUUCGGAGCAGGGACCCAGAAAUGAGCAAAUCAAGCAACGGUUUCACUUCAAAACAAAGAACUGCUGAAUCCCGACGGCCUUUUGGCGUUAAGCUGAUCGGGCGGUUUGUUGAUGUAGCCUUCAUUAAUAGUGCUUCAGUCAACCUCACCAUGUUACCAGUGCUCCUUAUUCCAGUUCCCACACACAUGUAGUGACAUGUUAGAGACGCUUUUCCAAAACAACCAUAAUGCUGAUGUGAUGGACGGUGUUUCCCUUGGUGCAAACAAUCAUUGAACCCAAGUUUCUCAGCUGCCUUUUACACCCUCUGUUUGAGCCCAGAUUCCUAAAUUACAUUGGUUCACAGUUAAAUUCUUAUUAUAUCAGAUUUUGCCUUAUGACUUUAACCUUAUUUAUCUCUUGACCACAGCUGCUUAGUUUUUUGUUUUUUUUUAGUUUCUUUUAACCAUGUUUUUCAGACCAAAUUCUCCAGAAUUUUGUUAUAUAUUUCCACAGUAAACUUUUUUUUUAUUUAAGCAGUGUUGUUUUGAGCGGGUUUCCCCCUUUUUCCUUUAGGAACGACUUGAUUUGUGCCAUUGUGAAGUUCACGUGUUUGCGAAGAUUAAACGCCACUUGACACACACACCACUGGAUGGUCCUGCGCAUCGCCAUUGUUCUCCCAGCUGCUUCUUUUUCUAUUAGUAUUUUCUAUAACUACUACGGUAUGAAAACUGUUGGGUUAGAUAUAAUAAAUAAACACUCUGUCCAAGGCCACUGUGGUGUAAAGACAAAAAUAAAUACAAAAUAAAGUGGUUUCUUUUCAAACAAA